AGUGGAUAGAUCGUUUGUUUUUCAUUGUUGUAGUCAAAGCCUAGAAAGAAUCUCCACUAGCUACGCAAGCUGUCACAGGAUGGAUGCUGGGAAUUAAUGUCUCUCAUGCUGACAUGGUUCAUAACAGCACACCAGGAAUGGAAGGAAAAGCCAUUCAUCUCACCUAAUCGGAUAUUGUAGCAUUUUUCUCAGAACCAGGCGUUGUGUAACAGGUUCUGGCUGGAUAUUAAGUGGAUUCCAGGCUUCUUAGGGCAACUAGUUGAAGAACAGGAACAAAAUGUGUUGAAAGGAUGCAGAAAGAGAAGAAAUGAUUUUGCUCCCAAACAAGAAUCUAACCAGUGGAAACAUCUCACUCAGCUGAUUUCAUCAUGUGGAUCAGUAAAGCCAUGGCUUGGAAAUGGAUCAAGGCUUUUGUUUAUCUGUCAAUGUGUGUCACCUCUGCCGUGGGUAAUGAGGAAACAUCUCAAACCAAGUGUGCUGACUUCAACAACACCACUUGGCUGGAAUACAGACAUGGCACCAAGCUCCAAGUUCAGUACCUUCUUCUUACACGAAAGAAUGCAGACUGUGCCAGCCUCUUCACACAGGACUGCCUCAAUCAUACCCAGAAACACACGGCUUACUUCAACUCAUCACUCCCCACUAAAGUCAUUGUUCAUGGAUACAGGGCUCUAGGCAGUAAGCCUUCCUGGGUGAGUGGCUUAGCCCAGGCUCUACUGCAGGAAAAGGAUGUGAAUGUUCUGGUGGUGGAUUGGGUCUACGGAGCCUCCUUUGCUUAUAACCGGGUGGUAGAGAACUACAAGGAGGUGGCAUUGCAGAUAUCAGUGCUUAUCAAUCAGCUUACGAAAUAUGGAUGCACGCUGGAAUCUUUCCAUUUCAUUGGUGUGAGUCUUGGAGCACAUGUGUCUGGAUUUGUGGGGACCCUAUUUGAAGGCAAGCUGGGUCGAAUCACAGGUCUUGACCCAGCAGGCCCAAUGUUCAAGAGUGCUGAUCCAUAUGACCGUCUGGAUUCAUCUGAUGCUUUGUUUGUUGAGGCCAUUCACACUGACUCUGACUACUUUGGUAUAUCUAUUCCUGUCGGGCAUGUGGACUUCUUCUUAAAUGGUGGAAUGGACCAAGCCGGUUGCGCACGUUCAAGGUUUGCCUCAAUUUUUAUCUACUUUCCAGUGUAUGGGUAUGUCAUUUGUGACCACAUGAGGGCGCUGUACGUCUACAUGAGCGCCCUGAACGGCUCCUGUCCGCUUAAUGGUUUCCCCUGCUCCAGUUAUGAGGAAUUCCUGGCAGGAAAAUGCAUCACCUGUGAGGGCCCCUUCAACGGCACUUGCCCACAAAUAGGCUUGUUAAAGAACAGUGGGAUAACAGCGACUCCCCUGCCAAAUCAAGAGAAGGUCUAUCUCCUGACCACUGCUACGGCUCCUUAUUGUGCACAUCACAUCCUUGUUGAACUGAAGGUUUCCCCUUUAGACAAAACUGCUGAAGUUCAGCUCACCCUCAUCUCCGUGGAACACCCUGAGACAGAGCUAAAACUCAAACUAAAUAGAGAUGAAAUGGUGUAUAAAAAGGUGGCUGCACACCCAGAGCAACUGUGUAAAAUUGAUUCAAUGCAGCUGAAAAACACAGGAGCGCGGUUUUACAGACAAGGAGAUAUUCAUUUUGAGUAUAUCUGCAUCUCUGAAGUCCCUCAAACCAGAGGGCUGGAUCCAUUAUGCGUGAAGAACAUUAAUAUUGGACGGGGAGUACUGUGGUCACAUGACUUUGUACAGGUGUGCUAAAUUAAAAAACAGAGCUUAUACAUUAACCAGCUUUUCAAGUCUUAAAUUAGUGAGACUCAUGCAAAGGUCACACACUAAAACUUGGGUUGGGAGGCAUUAAAGCCAUAAACAGGAUACAAGGGGACUGAAAUGCUCAAACUCUGUUAGAUAUAUUUAUUGUGUUUUCACAAAAAUGACUUCUUUUAGCCCUUACAUAAUGUACAAUAUGAUUUCGUGCACUGUUCCAGAGAGUGAAAAAUAUCAGCCAUGUGGAAUCAAGUCAGUCAUUCAACACUCAGUAGUUCUUUAAUGUGUUAAUAUGUGUGCUGAAAGCACUGAUUCAAUCCCAAUGACUAAAACGUUUGGAGUGGUACAUUUCAUUAUUUUGGCGCUCUAGUUUUUCUAACUGCACACUGCAUACUUGAUAUUAAAAAUUCAAAUCUGUUUAUUUACAAUUAAUGCUAAGUCUUCUCUGCUUUGAAAUCUUGAGAGAAAUAUCAAGUCACAUUUUGAACCCAGAACUUAACAAUUGGCCCCGUGAAAAUACAUUUUCAUAAUAUGGUCAGUGUACAGUCUCAAAAGAUGAUGCUAAAUCAUUUCCUAAUUUCCUAUGAUAACGCACACACUUUUGUAAUAAACCUAAUAUAACUCUGCAGUGCUGUUAAAUUUAAUUUGUGUUUGAAAAUCUAAUUUGUUGCUUUUGCCUUAAAAAUCCUGUCUCAAGUAUUCCAAACAGAUUUAACUACUAAGCACAUGCCAUUACAAAUAAAACUAAAACAGUCAUUUUGAAAUCACAGCAAUGUGGAAUCAUAUUUAACACAGUGUCUGUUUUGGAUGUUUUGAUCUUGUUUUGUCCUUUCACUGUCCUAAACAAGUACAUUUGAUGAAUCUUUUA